GCGCAGUCGUAGCAUGUCCUCUCCAUCGCGGUCUGUUUCUCCUGGACGCUCAAAGUCCUACAGACACCGGCAGAGGGAACGCGAACGAGAGCAGAGAAAGGGACGUUCAUCUCACAGGAGAUGAUGUCAUCAGGACCAAGAUGGAGCGGAUGUUGUGUUGGGUUGAUAUAUAUGUGGUAACUGUGGUGAUGAGGGUAUGAGGUCACCGAGACGUCACUGAGAGAAGCUUCAUAAAUGCUGGAAAAACCUCAAGCGCUUUGAUCACUCGAUUGUCCAGUGAUCAGGUGAAUCAUGGCCGCUAAAGCCCCGAGCGCCUCUCAGCGCACGCCGUCGUCUGUGCUCUACAUCACCGUGUACCUCAUUCUGGUGCUGCUGGGGAACGUGGGAAACACCACGGUCAUCGGAGUGGUCGGCGAAAGCCUUCUGCGGGAGCCGGGAGUCGUCCGGAGCUCUGACAUCAUUCUGGUCAACAUGGCUUUCUCCAACCUGAUGGUGUCGUUGGCCAGAAACUCUCUUCUGGUGAUCUCCGACAUGGGAAUGGAGGUUUUCCUCAAUAAAAACUGGUGUCGUUUCAUGAUGGGCAUCUGGGUUUGGCUCCGCUCCGCAAACGUUUGGUCGACGUUCUUUCUGAGCGCGUUCCACUUUCAAACGCUGCGGCGGGUCGCCCCGGCCGUCACAAACGUGCACGGUCACCCCGGACCCCCCAAAUCCCUCAUAUUCGGGCUGUGUCUCAUCUGGAGCCUCAAUCUGAUCUACUCCAUCCCAGCAUUCGUCUUCUCCAAGAACGGAGACGAGAACUCCACCGAGUCGCUGAUGCUGGUCAGCAGCACCACUCGGCCGCUGUUGGGCUGCAUCUGGAGCUUUCCGUCAGUCUACAGCGGCCUGGCCUUCGCCACCUCCUCCAUGGUGAUCCAUGAAACCAUUCCCAUAUUCCUGAUGAGCGUCACUAACCUGGGCUCCCUGUGGACGCUGUACUCUCACGGACAAACAAGAAGAGCCGCCAAACAAAGUCAGGAUGCACCGGUCAUCACCCGGAUCCCUGCGGAGCGGCGGGCGGCUAAGGUGAUUCUGGCGCUCAAUAUCCUCUUCAUUUCGUCUUGGGGCACCAGCAUCAUCUCGGUCAACUACUUCAACUAUAACCGCGGAUCUUCCGCCGAGUUCCUGCUCAUCGUCGCUCGCAUCGCGAACAUCACCUUCAUCGCGCUGUCGCCCAUCGUCCUCGCCGUGGGACACCGGAGACUCAGAGCGUUUAUAAAGUCAAUCCUGUCGCGUGUAGUCUGACAGACAGCUCUCUGUGGACAGAUAUCAAAGACAGAUCACUUCAUAAGUGUUUAUGUGUGUCACAUUAUUUAUUUUUAAUAAAGUUGCAUGAACUUACUCAAGAACAAAGCCUCAGUGUUGCUAUUCAAAAUCCAGUUGCAGAUUCUUGAAUUUGAAUUGACUGAUCAAACAGGAUGCUUUGAAUUUAAGGAAGUAGAAUUAUUAAUGCACUGCAUUAUAUUUGCAUUUAUUCAUUCAGCAGACGCUUUUAUUCAAAUGCAUAUCAAAUCAUAUAAUGCAACUGUUGUAAGAGGAGUAAGUAUUAAAUAAAAUGUUAAAUAUGACUAAAUAAAAAUUUGUCCUGA